GGAGCGCUGUAGAGGACGACCUGGGAUAAAUAGCCUGAGAAUAUCUGAAACAGGUGCUGCAUGCGGUCAGCAUGGACGACCAGAAGGAGUCACUGAGGAAGAUUAUCACAACGUUGGCUCUGAAGAAUGAGGAAAUUCAGAAUUUCAUCUGCUGUCUAAAGCAGAGUCUAGAGAACCUAGAGGCGAAUUCAAACCGAGUGCAGGAGGAUCUGGAGUCAGAGUUUAGCUCUCUGCAUGCCAUCCUGGAUGUACUGAAGGAGGGCAUGGUCACACGCAUCAAGCAGGAAAGAGCCAGUCGCACAUAUGAGCUACAGAGUCAGCUGAGCGCAUGCACCAAAGCCCUAGAGAGCUCAGAGGAGCUGCUGGAAUUAGCCAAUCAGACGCUCUGCUCAUCUGAGAAUGACAACUUCACUCAGGCGGCCAAAGAGAUAAAAGAUAGUGUGACUAUGGCUCCGGCAUUUCGCCUGUCUCUGAAAGCAAAGGCCAGUGACAGUAUGAAUCACAUGAUGGUGGACUUCACUCAGGAAAGAAAUAUGCUACAGGCCAUCAAAUUUCUUCCAGUGCCUGCCACACCAGAAAUCCACGUGGCUGAAUGCCAGGUGUUUGAUAACACAGUCACAGUGGUGUGGACCUUACCUGAACCCGACUCCAAAAUCGACCACUACAUCCUGGAAUAUCGGAGAACCAAUCAUGACGGUCCUCCUCGGGCUCGAGAAGACUACCCCUGGAUGGUGGUGGAAGGGAUAAAAGAGACUGAGUUCACACUCACGAGCCUUCGUUUUGACACGCGUUACAUGACCUUUAGAGUGAAGGCAUCCAAUAAAGCGGUGGCGGGUGAAUUCUCAGAGCCGGUUACUCUAGAAACACAUGCAUUCGUCUUUAAACUGGACGCAGGCUCAGCCCAUCAGAACCUGAAGGUGGAGGAUCUCAGUGUGGAAUGGGACAGCAGCGGUGGGAAGGUAGCCGUCCAGGAUAUCCGUAAGGAGAAGAACAGGACCAGCUCUCCUAUGCAUUCUCCUGCCAGGACAGCCAUGAUGUCCCCCAAAAGAGCUCCAUCUGCUAGAGUGGGCCGAGACCGCUUCACAGCAGAGUCCUACACUGUCUUAGGAGACACCAUGAUCGAUGCAGGGCAGUAUUACUGGGAGGUACGGUUUGAUAAGGAGAGUAAGUCGUUUGCAGCAGGAGUUGCUUUGCGGUCUCUAGGUCGCUUUGAUCAGCUGGGGAAGAGUAACGCUUCCUGGUGCAUCCACCUUAACAACUGGCUUCAGCAGAGCCUCACAGCCAAGCACAAUAAUAAAGCCAGAACACUGGACUGCCCCAUUCCCGACCGCAUUGGCAUUUACUGCAACUAUGAAGAAGGCACAUUGUCUUUUUACAACUCCAGAACCAAAACUCUCCUUCAUACAUUCAGAACCAAGUUCCAGCAGCCUGUUAUACCAGCCUUUAUGGUGUGGAAUGGGAGUUUCUCAGUGCAGACGGGCCUCCAGGUACCCAUCAUUGUGCUGAGCGGUCAGAAGCGAAACAGUAAUACAAGCAGCUCUAAUGCCAGCCUUACUUAAAUCAAACUUCACUCUAGAACUGCUACACGUACGCACAGGUUUGGAGAACACCUGGCAACCCUUACACAAGCCUGGAGGCUCUUCCUAUCAUCAGUAUGUCUUGCCAGCCCAAGGGGAGAGCUGCUCUAGAUUCCUUUCCUCAUUCCUUUUAGCUCACUGAUCCGGAUCCUGUG